AUGCCGAAAGUACCGAAUGGAAAAGCAAAGCACUCAGAAGAGUGGGUGUCAGAAGCGGACCGCAGACACCAGAGAGACUUCCUCGCAGCGCUCAACAAGCCGCUCCCGGUCCUCCCGGUCCCUACCGAAGCCCGUAUCCCAGACACGGAAGAAACAGUCGAGCAGAUCACUGAGCUUUAUCAAAACUUCUCUGCUUUGUCUUCUCUGAUCGAUCCAAUUGAGGAAAUUAUCCUUGACAUACAUAAUGCUCUCGCUCUCACCCAAUCUAUAUUUUACCAUUCUGCCAUCUCUCGAUUUGAUCAGCUUAUCGCAACCGCACAGAGGAAAAUUUGUGAUGGAGAAGACUACACCGCAGAGAUAGACAACAUCCAAUACGUCUCCGAAUACGUCGAGAAGUAUUACUGGAUCUUAGAAAUUCUCACACCGUUCGUCGUUAAUCAGCAAUCAGACUACCCCGAACACUUCAUCGUUACGGUUAUCUAA